AUGGCAGAAGACGACGACUUCCAUGACGCAGUGGAAGAGCUGAGAGUGGGACAGCGGGAGGUUGACGUGGCAGCUGAGCCUGGACCUGAGACUCCAGGCGAUUCAGAGAGCCAGAGUAAGAGCAAGAAGAAGAACAAGAAGAAGAAGAAGAAGGCCAAUGGCCAGGAUGGCACGUACAACAGCGCCAAUGCCAGUUCGACGGACUUGUUAUCGGUAGGAGUACCAGAGAGUGGUGCAUCCUCGGUGUACGAUGACAGAAGUGCUGUUUACGAAGAGAACGAUGAAGCAGUCGGGCCAGAGGAGACAUUCAUAGAAGCUUAUGGUCAAGACGAUGACAACGAUGACGACAGGUCUUCUAUCAUCCCUUCUAUCCAUGACCAGGCCACCACAACGACGGCCAGCUCGUCACCGCCGCUCCCAGAUAGGAAGCCCAUCAAGGACUGCCUUAGAAUGGACUUGCCCACUGCACAGUUGGUCGACUCGACAGAGUCAUUGGUCAUUGGCAAGACCCGCAAGGCUGUCCAUGUGCGUAGUGCUUCGAGUGAGCUACGGUCCGCUUCCAACUACCUUCUAGAGCUGAAGUUCUCUCAGUUGGACAAGGAAUUCCAGGCGAAGGACUCCAAGCUGAAGGAAUUGAUCAACACAGGGACUCAAAACAUCAAGAAGACGUUCAACGACAUCAAGAACACCGUGGGUGGGUUUGGCGAUAUGUUUGGGUACAAGAUUGACUGGGACUUCUGGACAAGGGUGGUCAACGACUACCAGUCCGUGGUGAUGAACGAGAGCGACGAAUUGAACAACAAGAUCACGCGGGGGAUCCCCAAGGAGUUCAGAGGGAUCAUAUGGCAAUUGAUCAGUAAGCUGAAGAACUUCCAGUUGGAAGAGUUCUACAUACACUUGAAGAACGACACGUCCAUCCACGAGAAGGCCAUCAAGCGAGACUUGACUAGAACGUCCUUCUUCACACACGUGGAACAGGUCGGGAAGAGCGAAGAGUUGUUCAAUGUGAUCAAGGCGUACUCGUUGUUUGACCCAGACGUGGGCUACACCCAGGGAAUGAUCUUCGUUGGAGUGCCCUUGAUCAUGAAUAUGACUGACAGCGAGUGCUUUUGCUUAUUGGUGACUAUAAUGAAAGAAUACAACUUGAGAUCGCUAUUCUGCCCUGAGAUGAAGGGGUUGCAUUUGCUCUUGUAUCAAUUCGAUAGGUUGUUGGAGAUGUACUGCCCACGGUUGUUCAACCAUUUGGUGAAGCAGGGGAUCAAGUCCUCGAUGUACGCUCUGCAGUGGUUCUUGACGUUUUUUGCAUACAAGUUCCCGCUUGAUAUUGUGUUGAGGAUCUAUGAUAUCGUCAUCACCCAGGGGAUGGAGUCUAUCUUGAAGUUUGCGGUCAAUUUGAUGGUGAAGAACGAACUGAACUUGUUAACGUUGAGGUUCGACAAGUUGAUCGAGUUCUUGAAGGACAAGUUGUUCAACUUCUACGUGAACGAGGAGUAUGUAGAAGAAUCUCUGAACGGUGCAGGUGGCAGUUCCAACACGGGACUUAGGUCUUCCAGGACAGCAUCGGUGUCAAGAAGAUUUUCGAUUCUUGGUAAGAGAAACUCAUCUUCCAUAUCUCAAACCAGCAACAGCUCUCCUCACAACAACGGAUACUACAAGUUGGAUCAGCUCGUGAUCGAUUCCAUGACUAUCAACGUUCUACCAUUCGACUUGAAGAAGUUUGAGAAUGAAUUUGAAAGCAUCUACAUAAAUGAAAAGUCCAAAGAAUCGGAGAUUGAAAGUAUGAGAGAGCAGAAUGGCAUCCUCAGACACGAAAUAAAGCAGUUGGAGACCCUGUAUUCCAACUUACAUAGAGAUCACGUUGAGAUUGUGCAGGAAAUGGUAGACAUUAAAGUUUCGCUUCCAGAAGUCGUUAAUGACAACCUUGAUUUGCAGGGAAUGAUAGAGCAAACAAAGGAGGACUUGGCAGAUUUGCAGUCUAAAAUGGAAAUCGAAAAUGAUGCCAAUAGUGGGAAGGGGUUUGAUGAUGUGGAGGGCUACGGGUUGAAGUCCCCAUCUCUUCCUACCAACAUCGAAAGCGAUAUUCAUGAAUUGUUAUUGAAAAAUGCACAAGAGACAGAGAAAUUUGCCAACCUAGAAGAUGAGUUGGAAGGUCUAUUGGCCGAGGAGGCAGAAUUGGAUUCCGAAUUGGAUAUCUUAAAGGGUAACAAGAAAUGGUUUAGAUGGUAG